AGCUGCCAUUUUCAAUAUAAUCUCCCUGCUCCCCUUUCUUCAUAUAUUAGUCUUGAAACUUUCAUCGAUCAAGUAUUUUUGAUUGAGGUCUAAUUUUGUAUGUAAACUCGUAAGUCGUAACUGAUCGAUGAUCUGAUCAUAUAUUUUCAGCACUAACAAUAAGGGUAUUCAAUCAGCAACAGAAGUGAUCAGUGAUCACACCUAGCUUGUCAGAUCGACACAUCAUAAUUGUGGAAGAUUCAUAUCAAAAUGUUGGCUAUACUGAGUUCGAUGCAUUUUUUCGGAAACUAUAUACUGUGGAUGAUGAUGGUAUACUUGACCGAUGUAAUGGGGCUAGAAUGUACACAUGCGGCUGCUAUCAUGAGUAUCUGGUUUGGGUUAGUCAAAGUUAUGCCUCUUGCCUUUCUUCAUCUUGGUGAUUCUUUCUUGGGUAACUUCACCAUCCUCCUCCUAGGCAUCAUUUCUAAUAUGCUUGGAUUUGGACUUUUAUGGUUGUCAACGCCACCUAUAUUGGCCAACACAACCGGAAACUGCGGUGCCUACAAGCCUGAAUGUAUUGGUGACCAACAAAAGCAACUAUUUUAUACCGGGCUCGCCCUUACAGCAAUGGGAAACGCUGCUCAUUCAGCCUCCUAUAGUUUUUUCUUGGCUGAGCAAAGCAGUGAUGUUGCUGGAGGAGGUUUUGAAUGUGAAUUUGCCAAUUGUUCCUGCUGCGGCUUUACUUGUCGUAAUAGCUUGACUGGCCUAGCUGCGCUCCUUACUCUCGCGUUCGUCAAGCCAUGGGCUGUGCUGUUUGGGAUUGGUUCCAUAUUCGGAGUGAUUUCACUAGUUGUUCUCUUGCUUAGGAUUUCUCGAUAUAACUAUGUUAAGCCAAAAGGAAGUGGCCUCACUACUUACUUUCGGGUCCUUUUUGCUGCUUCCACCAAGAUGUGCAAUGCGCGGCCACUAAAUGUGGACGAGCUUCAUGAGAAACAUAAUCUCAAUGUAAAUCAGUUAUUGCCUCACACAGAAGAACUCAGGUGUCUCGACAAGGCUGCUGUGGUACUGCCACAUCCACCAUUGCAGCAACAGGAGACAGAUAAAUGGAGGCUCUGCAGUGUGACUGAAGUAGAAGAAACCAAGACCUUUGUACGCGCAAUUCCUAUAUGGAUGACCUUCAUUCUUUGUGGGGUUGUAUCUUCCCUUGGUCCAACCUAUUUUCUUGAGCAAGUAAACCGCAUGAACCCUAAAGUUGGCCGAACCAAAAUUCCACUUGUACUCUUUCUGUGGUUAUAUGCCCAAUUCAGGAAUAUCUUCACUGUCCUUUUUGGUGGAAUACUCAACGCGGCAACUAGCCUCUUAACAGUAUCAACUGCUCGUUAUCUUGCUCGAAUAGGUUUUGGUAUCGCGAUGUUGUUUGCAAUACUAUCCUGCAUUGCAGCAGCAAAGGUCGAGGAAAGAAGGCUUAGAGUUGUAAACAUUCUUGGCUUAGCCGACAAGCCAGAUGAAAUAGUACCUCUGAACAGAUUUUGGGUUUUACCACAAUUUGCGUUGCUUGGUGGCCUCGAUGGCAUUUACAUGCUGGCGUAUACUCAUUUUGCACUUGAUCAAUCCUCUUUGUCUACGGUGAAGUACUUCGUUACAGUGGCGAAUGCCUUUUCUGGAUUUGGGUUCAUAGGAAGUGCUCUCUGUGUUUACAUUGUGGGAAGCAUUAGCGAGAAGAUUAGUGGGACUAAUUGGUUUCUAGACACGUUAAACACUAGUCGUUUAGACAAUUAUUAUUGGUUUUUAGCCACCUUAAUUACUGUUAAUCUUCUUGUGUACAUUCUUUUGGCUAUCUUUUAUCGCUUCAGGAGAUCAAGACUUGAGGCUAGGCAUGGCAGGUAUCCCUCUCACUAGAUGAACGCAUUUUUUAACCACACUCAUAAGUUUGUUUUGCAACUUUAUGUGCCAGAGAUGUGUCACAUUGCAAAUCUCCUUGACGAUUGUAGUUAUGAAAAAGGAAACGUUUGUUUGAAUCAAUAUGCUAUGUAUUUGUUAAAGUCGGAUUUUAUUUGUAGAUGAUGUAUGACUUCCUAUUAAAAGAUUGACUUUACUCCAUCAUUGUCGUUACCCCACUGCUUUC